AUGGGUCUCCUCGAUAUUGUUCCCGCCGGCGUCAUCACCGGUGACAACGUCCGCAAGGUCUUUGCCUACGCCUCCGAGCAGGGUUUCGCCAUCCCCGCUAUCAACUGCACCUCCUCCUCCACCGUCAACGCCGCUCUUGAGGCUGCUCGUGAUGCCAAGUCGCCCAUUAUCAUCCAGUUCUCGAACGGUGGUGCCGCCUACUACGCCGGAAAGGGAAUCUCCAACAAGAACGAGGCUGCUGCCAUCCUCGGAGCCGUUGCUGGUGCCCACCACGUCCGUCAAGUCGCCAAGGCCUACGGUAUCCCCGUCAUCAUCCACUCCGACCACUGCGCCAAGAAGCUCCUCCCCUGGUUCGACGGCAUGCUCGCCGCCGACGAGGAGUACUUUGCCAAGCACGGCGAGCCCCUCUUCUCCUCCCACAUGCUCGAUCUCUCCGAGGAGUCCAAGGAGGAGAACAUCGAGACCUGCGUCAAGUACCUCGAGCGCAUGGCCAAGAUUAACUGCCACCUCGAGAUGGAGAUCGGUAUCACCGGAGGCGAGGAGGAUGGUGUCGACAACUCCGAGGUCGACAACGCUUCGCUCUACACCCAGCCUCAGGACAUUCUCGAUAUCUACAACGCCUUCUCCAAGAUCACCGACUUGUUCUCGAUCGCCGCUGCCUUCGGUAACGUUCACGGUGUCUAUGCCCCUGGUAACGUCAAGCUCCACCCCGAGCUUCUCGGCAAGCACCAGGAGUUUGUCAAGAAGGAGCUCAGCCUCAAGUCUGACAAGCCCGUCUGGUUCGUCUUCCACGGUGGUUCCGGCUCCACCGAGCAAGACAUCAAGACCGCCGUCGGCUACGGUGUCGUCAAGAUGAACGUCGACACCGAUACCCAGUGGGCCUACUGGGUCGGUAUCCGCGACUUCUACGAGAAGAAGAAGGGCUACCUCCAGGCUCAGGUCGGAAACCCUGAGGGUGCCAACAAGCCCAACAAGAAGGUCUACGAUCCUCGCGUCUGGGUCCGUGAGGCCGAGAAGACCAUGAUCGAUCGUGUCAAGGUCGCCUGCAAUGAUCUCGGCAAUGUCGACCGUCUGUAA